CAUAUAUCUAUUGUGAAUAAUUCUUGUUUUUAACCUUUAAAUUAGUCGCCACAUUUUACAUAAAUGCGAAAGUUUAUCACGUUUGGAUUUUUGAUUGAAAAAUUGGUAUAAAUACGCUGUAUAAAUUAUGUCGUGGUUGUUAGGAAGAAAUCGGCCGCAACAGGAUGUGUUUACUGGUGGAAGUGAUGAUGAUGCCGAUAAGAAGACAGCAGGUGAAAAAGGUGGUGAUACUCAAUUGAGUAAGGCAGAGCGUAAAGCCAUGGAAGCAUACAGAUUUGAUUCGUCGGCGCUUGAAAGGGCGGCGGAAGCAGCGAAGACAUUAGAGAAAUCCAGACAUGCGAGAGAAGCUUUGGAAAUAUCUAAAUUACAGGAAGUUACUAGACAGCAGGAGUAUCAAACAAAAGUGAAGGAAUAUGAAGCUCAUAUAGAACAAGCUAAAGUUGAACAAAAGCGAAUUGAUCAUGAAGAACGCCGCAAAACGCUAAUAGAAGAAACCAAACAACAGCAGCAACGCGCACAGUAUCAAGACCAACUUGCAAGGAAACGAUAUGACGAUCAAUUAACUCAACAGCAACGAGUUCAAGAAGAAAACUUAAGAAAACAAGAAGAGAGUGUUGCUCGUCAAGAGGCAAUGAGACGUCAAACAAUCGAACAUGAAAUUGAAAUGAAGGAAAAAAAUCGGCUAAAACUAUUAGAACAUGAGAUGCGUGCGAAAGCCAAAAUAGAUAGAGAAAAUCGCGACAUCAAUCUGGAACAAAUUCGAUUAAAAGCCCAGGAACACCGAACAACAGUACUCGAGGGUAUAAAAACCGCUGGCACCGUUAUUGGUGCUGGAUUUGAGGCAAUGCUCACUGACUGGGAUAAAGUCCUUACAGCAGCUGGUGGACUUUCACUUUUAGCUUUAGGUGUAUACUCAGCUAAAGGAGCUACAGGGGUUGCCUCACGUUAUAUUGAAGCUAGGAUUGGUAAACCAAAUCUUGUGGGUGAAACAUCACGAUUUGCAUUUUUAGAUGCAAUUAAACAUCCGAUUCACUAUAUUAAAAAAUUAAGAUCAAAACCUCAAGAUGCGCUGCAAGGUGUAGUUUUAAAUCCAAAAUUAGAAGAACGUUUAAGAGACGUUGCGAUAGCCACUAAAAAUACACGUUUGAAUAAGGGCCUCUAUCGAAAUGUACUGAUGCAUGGUCCACCCGGUACAGGUAAAACAAUGUUUGCAAAAAAAUUAGCAGAACAUUCAGGUAUGGAUUACGCUAUUAUGACUGGUGGAGAUGUAGCACCUAUGGGUAAAGAUGGUGUAACUGCAAUACAUAAAGUAUUUGAUUGGUCACAAACUAGUCGUCGAGGUCUACUGUUGUUUGUAGAUGAAGCAGAUGCGUUUUUACGCAAACGAUCAUCAGAGAAAAUAUCUGAAGAUUUAAGAGCCGCAUUAAAUGCUUUCCUAUACCGCACAUCUGAACAAAAUGCCAAAUUUAUGUUAGUAUUGGCAUCAAACACUCCUGAACAAUUCGAUUAUGCCAUAAAUGAUCGCUUAGAUGAAAUGGUGGAAUUUACUUUACCUGGUUUGGAAGAACGUGAGCGUUUACUUCGUUUAUAUUUUGAUAAAUAUGUUUUACAACCCGCUGCUGAAGGAGCUAAGCGAUUUAAACUAGAACAGUUCGAUUAUGGAUCAGUAUGUUCAAAAAUGGCCGAUAUUUGUAAUGGAAUGUCUGGACGUGAAAUUUCCAAACUAGGUGUCGCCUGGCAAGCAGCAGUUUAUGCAUCGGAGAACGGUGUGCUAACAGAAAAAAUGGUAUUAGAUAGGUGCCUUGCAGCUGCUGAACAACAUAAACAAAAGAUGGCCUGGCUAUCAGAACAAGAACGAAGUGAUCAUAAAUCAAUAACUGGUGCACAAACGAAAUAAACACCAAACUUUCCUGGAUUAUGCGUUAUGUUUAAACUUUUAACUAAUAACAGUAAAUUAGAUUAUCAAAACUUCACAUUAUGAUAUAUAUAUAUAUAUAUCUGCGGCAUGUUGAUACAAAUUGGUUAAACAAGAUAUAAUUUUAGCUUAUAUUUCUUAUAAAUUAUAUCUCAAGCUUUAUGCAUAUUAAAGAUGGAGUAAAUUCAUUAUUUUCAUUAUAUAAAAUGUAUUUACUCUGAUAUGUAUAUUUAACCACGUUAUAAACUUUCACU